AUGGCACGCGCAACUCGCUCACAAGACACACUCAAAUCACCCAAACACGAGCUGAAGAAGAGGAAAUUGGGCGAUGAUUCUCUUGACGAGCAGCCCGACAAAUUCCAGCGAAUAGAUGCACCUCCACUGGCCGCAACAAACCCUAUUGAGGACGAAACCGCUACCAAAAUUCUCCAUAUACUUGAGAGCAUCGACGAGCAAGGACUGUUGGAUCGUGUUUAUGAACCACCACAUUCGCUCAGGUCACUCCUCCAAUCUCCCGCUCAACACUCCCUUGCCACACUCAGAGCUGCGGUUCUGAACCUCCGCCCACUCUCCUCCCAUCCCAGGCAGCCGCUCUAUCCACCAGCUGCCCAACAACAGCGAUUUUGCGAUACCGCACUUUCGCUCCUCGACCAAGCAUCCUUCACUCCCCUCCCACCUGAAACAACAACAGAAUCCCUUUUCCCCGAUAACGAUGAGCCCGGCUCGCGACUCCUCACCACCAAGCGCUAUGCUCUCAUGCAACGCCUCCCAGAUGGAGACUAUUUCACAUCCACAAAUAUCGACCUUGGGGCGGACCUAAAAGAUCUGUCGACAGGCCACGCAGACCUUGUAGCCGUUCUACCAGGGCCUUCAGUAACCUCCCUUCCCUCAAACUUGCCGAAACUUGGCGACUACCACAUUGCCAAGCCUGAGGCCAACGUUUUACGUCGUUUUCACCCGCUCCCGUCCCGCCGCGUCUCACAUGGCAUGUUUUUGGACUAUGGUCCCUAUUCAAGUUUCGCUCCCACAUGGAAUCAGGACGGUGCAGAGAUUGGCAUGCGUCAAAUGGGUGAAUACUACGCCCAACGGGCCAAACGUCAUAAGGAGCGGUUCCUUGCUGCGAAAGAGGCCGCAGCCAAAUCUUCUCCUCCCCUACCUGUAAAAAGAAAUCCUUCACCGCCUCUCCCGUCGUCAGAACCAAUCCACGUAGACAGGGAGGCUCUGCAAGAUAUAUUGUCGGCUGACGAGAUUGACGGGCUGACUUCAGUCCUCGGUAACUUGGAGAUUGAGAAUUCUGUUCACGAACUGUUGGAAAGGAAUCGCAGAGCACUUAGUCGUCUAGCACAACUUCAAGAAAGGCGGAUGAGGUUUGAGAACGGUAUUGCUGUUAAGGAGGGCGAUGAAGAAUGGGAUCUUGCUCAAGGCAUCUUAUCGUCUCUGACAUUACUUUCGUCUCUUCGACCGCGAUCUUCUGUUCAUCCAACGUCCCCGUUGGUUCCGCCACCAGAUGUUAUUCAUACUUUGAUGCGGACCCUUCCGCGCACGGCCGUUCCAGGUUGGCAUGGAACCCUUCCUCCGCGAAAUUCAACACAAGACGACAAAAAAGUCCCACCGGCUUUAAGAGGCGACACCACAGCACGAAUCCGUCCUGGGGUUGCCGCUAAAGCACCGCCACCACCGCCAAUGGAAGUGUCGACGCCUGGACUUGCAACAGCCUACGCAGCUGCAUACUACACUCCCCAGGCGACGAGGUCACAAACAACUCGCUACAGUACUCGUGCAAGUACUAGUAGUGCUGUCCCCCAACAGUCAUACUAUCCACAACAACAACAACAACCACAACAACAGACUGCGUAUGCUGGCUCGACCACUCAGAUACCAUAUGGUAGCGCAGGGUGGGCUCAGUAUACCAGCGCUGUGGGUUCAGCGACGCCAACUCAUGUAGCUUAUGGCGCCACGAACUUUGCGACACCCGGAGUCACCGGCUCGAAAGCUGUGGCAAACACUGUCCUGGCGAGGGGUGGUGCAACAAAUUGGGGCGUUCCGCCAGCUCUGCCUCCCCAUCUGCGGUCAGCAGUCGGUUAA